CAUGGAGAUGCGAGUCUUCCUUGUGCUUGCAUACGGAUAUUGGACAGGCCUGGCACAACGAUUCAGCCUGGUCACCCGCCCUGUCCCUGUGUUGGAGCACACAAAUGUCACACUCACCUGCACAGCUCCAGACAGUAUCGUAACGGAGGGAGAAGUGCAGCAAGUCCAUUGGUUUUACACCAGAAGAGAGGAAUCUUUAGCGCCACAACACGUCUUCGAAUACAAUGGACCAGACGACCAGAGAGGGCACUAUCACUGGUACGGGAGAACCGUCGCGGAAUCAUUUUCAGAGCUCACCAUCUCAAACGUUACUGUGGAAGACACUGGGUUCUAUCACUGCCGACUCCGAGGGAGCAGUUCUCACAUCACACGGAUAAAGAGCCAUCUCACUGUUCUCGUGCCGACUUCACGGCUGGAAUUACAACCAACAAACACAACAUUCAGGGAAGGAGAGGAAGUGAAACUUUCAUGUUCCGCCAACGGGAUACCUGAACCGUAUCUACAGUGGACAAAUGGGGCGAGCGACAGUGACACCAGAGGUCCCGUACAGGGGCACAGUGUGUCUUUGGGACCCCUGUCGCUCUCCUGGGCUGAUAACAAGAGGAACGUCACUUGUGUGGCGGAACAGCGGCAUCCUCUGAUCAACGGGCACGUCCUUGAACGUUCCGUGACCUUGAACGUGUUGUAUGCUCCCCGCAUCACUAGCUUUCGCAUGAGCGAAGAAGGUCUGAACCUAACCUGUGAGGUAGACGCCAACCCUCCUGCCACUUACAUCCUACUGAAGAAGGGAAACGAAACCCUUCUGAGGACCAACGGAAGUAAAGUCAACUCAGUUACAUACAGCACACAUUCGCCUCAAGGGGCUAACCACACUGGGCUCUACACUUGCGUGGCGGAAAACUCUUUGGACCUUACCAGAGCUUCCAUAAGAUGUGAGACAGAUAAAGAAUGUGGACUAGAAGAGAGGCCAGUAACCGUAACAGCCAUUUCAGCCACAGAACUUGUCAGGAAUCCAACUGUGGAAUACUUAGGCAUCGCUCUUGGUGGACUAGCAGUGGCUAUUCUGACACUGGGGGUGGUCAUGCAUGUCAAGAGAGGGCGCACACAAAGCAGAAGGCAAGAAGGACUGGCCCCUGCGUCUGUGGAUGGUCAAGAGCUUUUACACGAUACUGUGGCAGAAGACAGACCUCACGAAGAACCUGACGAUGUGGCACAGAGUGUAGCGCUAGUGGACCUGGACGACCGUCCCCCGAUGCCUCUGCCGAGACCCAAACCGCGGUUCCCAAAGUACGAACUGGGUCUCGACCGUCUGCACAUCGACAUGAGCCACGUCAUCGGCCGUGGGGCCUUCGCGAAAGUCUUCAAGGGCACCCUUAUAGAAAAGGGCAGGGAAGAGCAAGUGGCGAUCAAGACCAUCAAAGAGAAUGCGACAGAAGAGGAAACAAAACUGUUCUACGAGGAAAUCGGCAUCGUCAUCGACAUAGGGAGCCAUGGCAAUGUUCUGCGCAUGCGCGGGUGUUGCACGACACACGAUCCCAGUAGACCACUCCUCGUCAUGGAGUACAUGCCGUAUGGGAAUCUCCUCAACUUCUUGGAGAAGUGUAAAGAGGUUAGGAAUGGUGCAGCCUGUGACGAUCCAAUGUACCUGCUGGAGGAGAAGAUGAAGUACCAGAUCGGGAGCCAGGUGGCAGGUGGAAUGCAAUACAUCUGCAAGCAAAAAUACAUCCACGGCGACCUCGCUGCCCGGAACAUCCUGGUGAGUAAAGGACAGACCAUCGUGGUGAAGAUCUCCGACUUCGGUCUGACAGCGGACAUCUACCAGAAGGGGUACAAGAGACAAGACCCGGACCAACUGGUCCCCUACAAGUGGAUCAGUUUGGAGAGACUCCAGGUCAACGGAAGAUGUACAGAGAAAAGUGAUGUGUGGUCCUUCGGAGUUCUGCUGUAUGAGGUCGUCACCUUAGGGGGACCUCCUUAUCCCAAUAUCCACUUUGCUGAGAUUUUGCGGGAUAAGUUGAGUGCAGGUUGGCGUAUGGAGAUGCCAGAAGAUUGCAGCUUUUUCAUGUAA